AGCAGCAGCAGCUGCAUUGAUGAUGGGUGAUGAGUUUCACAAAUUCGGUCGGUGUCGACCCGACCGAAAUGAUUUUGGAUCAAUGGGUUUCGGGAACUCGAAUUCGAGUUCGCGACAAAUUUAUUUAACUUUUCCGGCUGAUAGUACUUUUAAAGAGGAAGACGUUUCGAAUUACUUCAGCAUGUUUGGACUGGUUCAAGAUGCGAGGAACCCGUAUCAGCAAAAACGGAUGUUCGGGUUUGUUACGUUUAUGCUUCCAGAGACUGUUAAAGCGAUUUUGGCAAAGGGAAACCCACACUUUGUUUGUGAUUCACGGGUGCUUGUUAAGCCAUAUAAAGAAAAGGGAAAAAUACUCGACAAGUAUGAAUGAAUAUUUUCGAUUUCUUUUAAAACAUAUUUGAUUAUUCGUCUUAAAUUUGUUAAUAAAUUGCAUAUU